AUGCGUUUACGCCCAUUCAUCUUUCCACUCCUUCUGUCCGCAGCCCACGGCGUGCGCAGUUCCAAAGACACCACCGAAGACACCGAUUACGUCUAUGCAGACCGCAUCGAAGUCUCCUGCCUCAGUCGCUCCAUUGACACUGGCGACCAUAUCCAAGAUCCCACCACCGGCGCGCUGCAGUACAGCCCGUUCGCAACAUGUAACGAGACCAACACGCCGCUGGCAUUCGGCUUCAAUCGCGACCACAGGGAGCUCAACUGCACGAUCCCGUUCCUGUCGGACGAGAUGUUCCACCUGCUGGAGUUCUAUGUGCACCAUGACUCACCGCUCGCGUGUCGUAUUCCGGCGCGGCCGCUGGGCGGCGGGUUUGAUGUGGGGCGUGUUGGCGUUGGGGGUUCGGUCGAGGGGGCCGAGUGGGUCCCGUUGGUUUUCUCUCUCGCUGGGAAACUCGAGUUCUCGCAUCUCCAUAUCGCAAACCGUAUGAAUGUGAUUCUCCACCUCUCCGCGCCAGGAGUGAUUGAUUCUGCGACAGCAUAUAGCACGAGCCCGCUGCUGGAGUCGACGAGGAUCAUUAUUGGAGAUCCACUGACGCUGAGGUUUGCGGUGAGGUGGUAUGCGUCGACUGAGUUGCCAUCGUUGCGCUCUGGGAAAAUUGAGGAUGACGAAGGGAAUUUGCUUGUGUGGGUCUUGGUGAUAGUUAUUUUAAUGGGGUUGGUCGGAGUGGGGGGAGUGAUGUUGAGGAAACGAAGGCGCGGUGGUGGAGGUAGAGGAGGUAUUAUCGGGAAUGGGGUUGGCGUGAGGGGGGUUAGUGGGGCGAGUACAGGUGGUGCGGGUUAUGGAGAAGGAGGGUAUGGCGGGUUCAAGGGAGUUACUAGGAGUGGGGGGUACGGAUAUGGCGGGUUUUCAGGGAAAAGGAAGGAUUGA